CUUUGAUACAGCCAAGCGUCUGUGAUUUGUUUUACGUAAACCGUUAACUAAAGCCGCAAACAUGGAAAGUACGUUUUUGACGUUUCUUUGCCUAUUUGCCCUUGCUGUCCAUUUUCCGACAGCACUGGGAGCGACAGUGUCCUGCUACCACUGUAACAGCCAUGCCGGCAUGGCGUGUGGACUAACUGCCGACUGGAGCGUGUCCGAUCUGGAAAAGCGUGUUAAACCGUGCGCGGACGGUUUCUGCUAUACAUACGAAAGUAGUGACGUUUUUGGAGGGAAAAACUUUAGAAUUCAGCGCGGCUGCGGCCGGCUGCCGUGUGACGAUCUUCCUACAAAGGCAACAUUUCUGCACUGUGUGACGUAGACAGCAAUUAUCACCGGACAGACAAGAAUCUUCCGUCUGGUCCGCCAUUUAAUCAACUGUACACUUUCACAGCCGAGGAGAUGCCGCAGACCGGUCGACUGCAGUACUGCGAUUCCGACCGCUGCAACAAAGAGCCCGUGCACUUCGCUCUGGAAACAGAACUAGCCAAUGAGGAAUGUCCCGAUUUGUGCAUCACCUGCAAAGGCCCUAUCAAUGGGUCGUGUGGUCUGUUAGGAGCCGGAGAGGGAUUUCCGUCCGAGAGGAAGCAAUGCGUUCCCGGCUUUUGCUUUACAUACGUCUGGGCGGAAGACGAUGGCACCGUGCCGACGGUUUGGCGCGGUUGUGGACCGGUGGCCUGCAAGGAUGUUCCCAGCGCUUUAGGCAACGUUCGCCUAUGUGAUAGCGAGGACAAGCUGGAGGAGGUCGACACCAGCAGCGACGACGCGUACACCAAGGUUCGCUCGUUUUCCGCACCAGGGCCAAAUGGGAACGUACGCGCCGGCACGGUACAGUACUGCAAAAACGGCAUUAACUGCAAUCGGCAGUCGGUCAGGAAUUUUCCUCUGAAACUCUUUUACCGCGGCCAGACUCCGACGGUUCAACAAGUGGUAGACAACCUUAAUCAAGCGCCAAAAAAUGUUCGCGGGACGAAUACGACAAACGAACGCGUUGCUCAGGUCUUCCGCGAUAUGGAUACCAAUAGCGACGGCACACUGGAUGAAACUGAGUUCAAAAAUGGUCAUAAUGUCUAGUGAAUUAACACGCUAUGCGUAGAAAGCGUGUAUUGCGUACGUACGUGCUGUGACGUACGUGUUAUCUGUUCUGUUACGUACGAUUGCUGUUCUUAUCUAACGCAUUUGAUCACUAAUUCCAUUAGCGAUUCUCAUUGCAUGUUCAGUGUGUUGGGGAGAGUGUUCGAGUCUUUGGCUUGUCGAGGGAGAAGAGUCUGAAGACUGUGAAGAAGUUAGCUUUUACUAGAAUGUUGGUGUGACCUUCUGGUAGAAGGUGUUCUGUUCUGUUGAUUAAACAUUUGGGAAGUUCCUGAGUGUUUGGGUUUCGGUAACUUUCGUUAGGCACAUCCGCUGUACCUAGCGGAAGUAGUUUUGUUGUGUACGACCACUUAUCGGAGUCCAGAGUUUAUUCCCACUGUACCGACUG